UAGCAGUCUAGCAGACAGUGUCGUCUGGCGGAGUUGACAUCGGCCAUUGCUCGGCCAAAACGAGGUCACCAGUGUGUUGUUAACAGCUGAGAUUGUCAACAAUAACAAUUGUGUUAGAAGGAAACCAAAAGUGGCAAAAGGCUAUUUUCAUUUAAGAAAGCAACAAGUUCAAACUUGCGUGGAAUUGGUAGACACAUAUUAAGUCCCCAGAUGAAUGUGUCUCUACAAGUUUUUACUUACUGACUUCUCGGUGCCAAGGACUUCACUGACAGUUCAACGUUCCAAUGGACUGGAUGCGCUUGACUGAUCACUAAGUCUACACUGACCAAACACUUGUCCAGAGACGUCAACGUCUUGAUACGUUGGAUACAGCACUGCUGUCAUUGGACAGUGUAGAUUAUCUUUGAUUGAUCCCUGAACCCAGUGGACUAACAAAAUGAUGGUGUAAUUCCAGAAUACCUUCGGAACGUUAUUCAGUGGUCAUUUUCUCCUCUCGUUUAAUCGCCGCCACAUCUUCUUGAGUGUUGAAGUUGAAUGACCUGACCCACACAUACCUCGCCAUUACCGGUAGGCCGCAGACGACAUCGUAACAUCCAUUAUCCAAUGUUGUCACAGACACGGCGUUAUUUUCUGGUUUGUUUGGAUUGAUAUUAUUUUAUUCUUAACCGCUGUGGGACUUGUGUGUUGACGAACCGGAUUUUCAACUUCACUUCUAGAGUGACAUACUGGGUCAUCUUAGCGUUUUACUUUCAACGGCCUCACGCCAAGCCGCUAGCAUUUCCUCCUACGCCGUGCACGCCCCCUCCUCGUCGCCGUCUUGGGACCGAGGGCUACUCAAAUACAGCUCUAGCUCACCCCCUCCAGCAGCCUCGCUGCUGAACACAUCACCUUCGCCACUGACGAUGGCCCAACUGGUCAAUCAGCAAAUGGUCAUAGUGCCCGCUGGAGCCACUCCCAACGGGAAGGACUCGAGAUGGCUCACCCUGGAGGUGUGCCGGGAGUUUCAGAGGAGCAAGUGCUCACGCUCGGAUAAUGAAUGCAAGUUUGCUCACCCUCCAGCGCACGUGGAAGUACAAAAUGGCCGAGUAGUGGCUUGUUUUGAUUCUAUAAAGGGAAAAUGCCAAAGAAAAGAGCCUCCUUGUAAAUAUCUCCACCCUCCACAACACCUGCGGGAGCAGUUGUUGCAGAAUGGCCGCAACAAUCUCAUUCUGAAAAACCUCCAGCUUCAGGCUUAUCAGCAAGCUCAAUUUGGUGUCUUACCUGUUCAGACUCAAGUCAAACAGAUUCCGGCGGGAACCAAGACACUAGCUGUGCCUACAGUCAUACCAGGACAGUACUCCUAUGUGGCCCAUCCCAGUGCUACACCAGCCCAUCCCCAGGCCAUCUUGAGACCUACGACUCUACAACCAGUUACUGCUGCGCCUCCCACCCCUUUUGAUGCUGUAAGCUUGCUCUCUCCUAACGCUGCUUAUGUUAGAAAUGAUUUAACCCUUUCUGCCAAGAGCCCACAAACACAUUACCCAGGCCUCCAAACUUUAUCAGCCGUCCAGCCUCAGCCUCAGACAACAGCUUACAACCAUUACAUCACAUCCCUGACCAUGCCGCCUGGCGGGGAUCCUGUUAUGUCUCCCAACAUGAUACCUGCAUCAGCCAAAACAGUCCGAGCAGAUAAGUUUGAGAGCGCAUCAGACAAUGGUGAGCCAGUGACCUCUCACACAUCAUUGAUGGACACUUAUAGUUUCCCUUACAUUCCACAGGUAUGUCGCGAGUUCCAGCGAGGUACUUGCUCGCGGGCUACUUCAGAAUGUCGCUACGCACACCCAGCAGAGCACAUUGUAGUAGAUUCCACUGAUAAUCAUGUCACGGUCUGUAUGGACUUUAUAAAGAGCAAGUGUACGAGGGAACUAUGUAAAUACUUCCACCCACCCAGCCACCUCCAGGCACUGGUUCGGGCGGCACAUGCCCGAAACCAGGCUGCUACUGCUGCUGUCACAAAUAAUACUUCUGCAAACAGCUCAGCACUGCCAACGAGUGCUGCCACACUGCCACACCAAUUGGUGUUUUCCAAGAAGAGGCCGCGAGACCCCACAGAUGACCUACUCCUGAGCUCCAUGCCAGGCAUGAUACCGGCAUACAAGAGAAUAGCAGUUGGAGAUUUGAGCAAAGGUGGCAUCCCGGUGUACCAAGCCAACAUGAUGUCUCCCCUCCAGCACACCUCCUUGAUGCAGUUACAGCAGCCAGCACCCUACAUCCCCAUGUCCUGUGAGUAUGCUAUGUAUACUACACUUUUAUACCCAACUGAAAGUAGCUUACCCCACCAUGUCCAGCCCCCAGUGCUGACUUCAGCACUGGGGCCCAGCCUCAUGCCCUCCACCUCUCCCUCCAUUACCACCAACAGCGCCACCUCAUCAUCGACCAUGACCGGCGGCCACAGCAUCCCAGCCACUGCCACCCCCAGCAGCAUGUUCCUGCAAAGCAACGUCAACUCCAGCAACAGUGUGGUUCGUCUCCCUAGCCUCCCACAUAAUGCUUACCAUGUAGAAUAUUUUGGAAGUAACAAACAGUUGCGGGACACCCUCCCAGUGUGCCAAGAUUUUAAGUGUGGGCAGUGCACUAGCCCAUACUGCAAACAAGUGCAUCUUUCUGAGGACUAUGUAGAAGUAAACAAUGGAUAUGUGACUGUCUGCCGAGACUAUGCCACCCGUCAAUCCUGCAAACGCUCUCGUUGCAAGUACUACCACAUUCCUAUAGACCUUCCACCAUCUUAGUCUUUGUGAGACUUCAUUAAUAUCAAACUAAAAAAUAGAAAUAUGUUAAAAAGGAAAUAUACCUUUCUGAUGGAAAGUUAAAAGCCCAUUUGGCAAUUUGUUUAAAGAAUUGCCAGGACAACUAACCUUAAACUAUGGAAGAUGUCUGUAUUCCUCAGUUGAUACAAGAGAAAGAAAAAAAAAAGAUUUUUUUUUUAAUAUGAAAAAAGUGAUUUCUUUAAGGAGGACAAUUUUCAAGUUGACCUUUGAACUCUACCAUGAGAUGAACUCAUGUGUAUAGCCAUAAAUUGCCAUAUUUCUGUUCAGCCCCUGAAUGACCUGAUGUGCAGCCUGCAUGGGUCCUAUUUGGUGCAUACCAUAAGCCUUUGUGGUCCUCUCCCCCCUCUCUCCUCUCAAGUUUUAGUUGAAGGCCUUAAACCAAGUGAUGUUAUCAAAAGACUUCUUCAUACUGUUGAUGUUAACAUUGAGAUUGCUACUUGUUACAUUGAUGACUUGUGAACAACAACUAUUCCUUUCUAUUAAAUGGUGUGUGUGUGUGUGUGUUAUGUGCUUGUUGUAUCCCUCCCCCACCCCUUUUUUUUCUCCCCCAUAUUAACAUGCAGGCUGCACAUGAGGUCAUGAAGGUCAUGGCUAAAUCCAUGUCAUGUCAUUCUUAUAGAAUACUGACAUCCACUUGUUCAUAGUCUUCACAGUGGUUCCUUUUUAUCUGAACAUUUAUAUGAACUUUAUUUUUCAUUCUUAUAAUUGUAUGUGUUUAACUAUUCUAUGGAAUUGUACAUUGUUCUUUGAUAUAGAUUUGAGUCUUUUUUUUUUUUUUUAAUAUUAAUACAAUUUUUAUUCAAAAUGUUACAUAUGUUUAAGUAUAAAUAUUCAAACAGUGUACGCUAUAUUUCAACUUCAACUUACAAAACAGACAGAAAGUUGUAAUCUUUAUAUGAAGGACUAUAUUUAUACAUUAUAUAUAUAUAUAUAUACAUUUAUAUACAUGAAUAUUUUAAACAGGGUUCUCAAGUUAUCCUAUAGAACCUCAUGUAUCCCAUUUUAAACCUUAGCAGAUUCUUUUGUGACAUUUUGACAUUCUGACCUACUAAUGGGAAAGUUAUGGCCUCACUAUUUCUAAAGGCUCUGAAAGGCUAGGAUGAGUAGUAAAGUACUAUGCUCAAGACCUACACCUUCUUGGGUGUAGUACAGACAGAAUAAUCUUGUUCACCUUCACUAGAAGGUCUGAUGGUAAACUUUUGCUGGCUCUGGUCACUAUAUCUAUGGUGAAGAUGAUCAAUGUAUCCACAUUGGCCCUGAUAGUAUAUCUAUGGGACACAGAAGCCUUGGGUAUUGAGAUGGCCACUGACAAUGCUGCAUGAGUGUGCUCUGUUUAUUUUUAAAAAUUUCAAUGCAGUAUUAUUAGGAUAAUGUGGUGCUCUCUUUUAUAUUUACAAUAACCCUAAAACUUGUUGAUACUUUCUUAGACACUUUUCAGUGUAGUCUAGCUUUUUUUUUUUAGUCCUUUUUAAUAGUGGGAGAAGCUAUUUAAAAAUUGCAAUGCAUUUCUGAAUUAAUACUAAAUAUUUUAGAAUCUGGGCUAAAAAUGUAUACAUUUUUAAGUCAACAUUUCUAUGGUUUUAAAUCCAUUAUUUUUAACACUGUUUUUGUAAGUAGUGGACUAUGUCCCAAUAGUGACCUGUCUUUCUCACAAACUCUAGAAUGCUAUACACAACAUUUUAUCAGGAGGUUGAGUUUAUGUACAUAUAUAUAUAUACAUAUAUAUACAUUUUAUGUAUUAACUGUGGAGUGUUAUAGAUGUUUUAGUCUUUGGGAGAUGCUUGUGUGAUGGUCCUAACAAAUCUUACAAUUCCAUUCAUAGACUUAAGAGUAUAUCAGUCAGUUUUUAUAUUGUCUCUAGGUUCAAUUCUUUGAAUAUAUUGUUUUAACAAAAAGUUUUUUUAAAAUAUAAUCUUGUUCAAUGUUGUUAUUUUAUUUCUUUCACUAAUGAAUUGUUAAAAUGAUUUUUAAUGUAUAACCUUUUCUGACAUUCUUUGAAUGUCCACUGACAUAUAUAACAAGUAUUAAUUGAAUGGUUUUCCUCUUGCAAAACAUAUCAUAAUGAACGAAUUUGGUUUUUGUCUCUAGUUUAACCUUCAGGGAGUCUUUAAGUUAAAUCUGAAUAGUUUAUUCCUUAUUUAGUCAUUUGGCUUUAUGGCAGAGAAUGACUACUCUCAUUUUUUUAGUUACUUAAUGAAUCAGUCUUUGUGCUCAGAGCCCUAAAGAAAUAAUUGAUAAAAAAAAAUAAUUUGAGAAUGGUGAAAAAUAAAUGAGAUAAAGAGAGAAAAUGAAAAUUUCAGUUUUCAAGGAUAAAAAAAAAAUGUGGUUGGCAACAUUUUCAUCGUAAAAUUAAUUUCAUAUACGUUGAUUGGUAAUUACUUAAUCAUUUAUAUUUAAAUGAAAUAGACCAGGUCAAGAAAUUUAGAUCCAGGAUGGGGCAAAACUAGAGAUGAAGUCUGGUGGGAUGUAUGUCAAGAAAGCUCCCUAGGGAAAGAAGUCAAUUUAGCUAUUUCCCAUGUAAGCAUGUUGUUUGUACUAUGGUCAUAGAGUGAGGAGGCCUGUGUGAUAUCUCUGAAGUAGAUAAUAGCUCUGUAGACUUAUAUCUAGCAUGUAUGAGUGAUCUGACAAUUUUGUGUAUGGUUUAUUAUUAGUUGAUGAGUAUUGAAUGUAAUAGAAUCACUACUAGUGCAUUUAUUUCAACAAUUCCAUUUUUUUUUUCAAAACAAAGUCUUUCUUGUGUCCUAGCCAGAUCCAUCCAGAUCUUCUCUCUAAAACCAUUCUUGUGGUGACAUUAAUGUUAUUGUUUUCUUUCACUUUCAUCACAAAACUUGGCCUCAUGAACUCUAGACCCUGGUCUAUAACAAUAGUCACUCACUUAGUGCUACAAACUGACACCAUUGUUUUACUCAAGUAACAUAAAAUUUUUUUUUCUUGUUAAUCAUUAACUGUUUUGGUCUUUUUUUUUCUUUUUUUUUUUUGGAGGAUUUAUUUUUUCAUAAAAAUGUUCCUAUUAUCUUAAUCUGUUAUUUAAAGAAAAAAAAAACUUGACAAAGUUUGGAUUAUCAUAUUUUACACAAAUAUGUUUUUUUUUUUAAUUUAGUAAUUUUAGUUUUUUCUCUUAGGUGUGUACAUCAUUUAGGAUAACUUAAAAUUCUAGAGUGACUUGGCCAGGCAUGUUUUUGAACAUUAUUAUUAUCAGUGGCCCAAUGUUGUACUUGCUGUCCAUUGGAUAUGAUGACCUUGUGGUCCAAUGUUGUACAAUGCCAUUGGAUAUGAUGACCUUAUGACCCAAUGUUGUAAUGCAUCCAGUGCCCCCUCCUGAAGUUUAAGGCUCAAUCUCAAAAUAAAUAAUGAAAAAUUAAUGUCCUGCCAUCUGACACUAAAAUCUGUUACACAUCAGCCUAAACACAUCAUGUCAAUUUUCCAUAAAUAUUUUAUAUGAUAACCCUUUUUUUUUUUUUUUUUUUUUGUAUUUUACAUGUAUGUAUAUUUAUAUAAAUAUAUAUGUGUGAGUGUGUUUAUAAUUAGUGUGUGUCUUGAUUCACUUACCAAAUACUUGUGCCAUGCAUUUGUUGAUUAUUAAACAAACUAUUGAAUGUCCAAUGUUUAUAUACAUAUAUAUAUAUAUGAUUUAUUAUUCUUUGUAAUCAUGUUGUUGGUUUUGUUUUCUAUGAUUAAAACCCAGAUACUUAGUUGUAAUGACAGAAAAAUAACUCCCUACUGCCAGCAACCCGAGUGCCUGGGGUCAAGUCCUGACUAACAGCUGUUGGCUUAUAGCAAUUCUAACUCAGCCUUAUAUGUGACCUUCUUAUUUUCUCUUUGAGCUAAUCUGUGACCAGCAAGUAGAUGCUUUUCCUUUCACACUUUUUCCUUUGGUUUGGUCAACACUUCUUUGGAAGGAGAACAUUCAGGCAACAGGAAGUGAUCAGAGAAUCCUGGGAUUUCAAGAAUGGUAACUACAGCCUUGGACUGACAUCAAGAUAAAGUGUUCAUUUUUGUGUGUCUAUGUCAGUCUUAUUAUGAGACAAUGGUUUCUUUUGUUUUGCAUUAGAAUGCAAUGUUUUUACUUUGAACUGGCUGAUUUCUUUUCACUUGUGAUGUGUUGACUCUUGUUUUCUCUACUUAGAAAGAGACCUUUUUUUUUGUUCUCUUAUAGAUAAAAGGUUUGUUGUAAUAUUUAUAUGUGUUGGAUAUUUAAAAAAAAACAAUUCUACAAUUGUAUCUAGUUUUAAGCAUAUAUAUCCUCUGUCUUUAAUACUUCUGUUAACAUAGUAGUCAAGGAAUUUGUGUGGUUUAUUGACUUGAAGAGAUCUAAAUUCACAACUUUUGUGUGACAGUAAGACAACCUCUAUGUCUGUCUUAGCUAGUUACACAAAAUUGUGUCUAUAGUCUUUUGUUUCCUUUUUUUUAACUGAUGGAAAUACUUCAUUAACAAAACAUUGGGCUUGGCUCAAAUUUGUCAUUAAAUUAUGGUCUAUGUCUAUAUAGGAUUACUAUCAUUAGAGAUUAGUGUGGUAAAUGAAUUCCUAAGCAUUGUUUUGACAACUCAUCAUGAGCUAAGCCAUCUGACAUUGCUGGUAUUCUAUAUUAAUGUUUUUUUAAUCUUUUAAUUCAAUUCAGAAAGUUAUGUUUACACUAACUUAGAAAAGUUGAAAACUUCAAUAGUCUAGAAUCACACAUUCUGUUGCCUUAAGUUCAGCCACAAGUUGAUUGUCCAGAUGGUUUUUAAAAAUUUAGUUAAAGUUAACAGUUCAUCAGUUUCCAUGUCAAUACCAGGCAUAUACAAUUAAAAUCUAGUUCAAUACCUUUUUACUGUGUUUAUGUACUAUAGUAAUGCAUUAACAUGUGUUUAUAUCCACUACAGUGAUGUGACUUUCUCUUUUCGUGCCCUUUGUUCUGUGUAGUCCAUACUACUAUAGUCAAAACUUAUCUAAUCUAGUAUUUUCACUUUGUCAUUGUGGGUGUGUCUGUUCUCUUUCUACUAAUUGUUUUCAUUAGAAUGAUUUCAUUUUCAAGAGAUUUAUCAUAGGAUGUUAAUCUUAUUCAUAUAUUAUUUGUUGAUGAUGUUCAAUUUUUUUUUUUCAUCUUGUUUGUAAUAUUGACUGUUGUAUGAAGAUGUAUUUCUUUUGUACAUUUGUUUUCAGAGCCCUCACAUAGUGGGUCCUGUAUUUGCUGAGUGAUUUUUUUUUUUUUUUGUAACACUGUAUAGCAACCAACAAUUUUGUACUGAAGAAAAAAAAAAAGAUGCAUUAACAAUCUAUUUAUAUGAGUAGAUAUUCCACUGGACAUAUUAACUGUUGAUAAAUAUAAUACCAUUGCACAAGGUGGUGCAUGACCUUGUAGCUGUGUUAACCUAAAUACUUUAGAAGCAUUUUUUUUUCUAUUAAAUUAUUUGCUCAUAUUUCAAGCUAUAUUAUGACAAAACCUGAAUGUUUCAAUCUCUAGGAGUCUUAUUUAUGCCGCUUAACAAAGAUAUCGUUUUUGUUUGUGUUUUUUUUUAAUUUUUGCAUUCAAAUUUAAGACAAAAUGAAAUGCUUGAAUGCACAGGAAAUAAAAUGUUUGUUAGUUAGAGUUUAGGAUGUGUUGAAUGGGCCAAGUUGGCCUGUUUAUCACACUCAAUGUUGCACUAGACAAGGCAGUUUGUCCUGUUGGUGACAGAAUUGAUGCACUGAAUGGGCCAAGUUGGCUUGUUUAUCCCAUUUUGUGAAGCUGUAUUCAUACUUACUAUAUUGAUUUGCUAGUUUAAUUUCAUUGCUUUGCAUUGUAUGGCUUUCAGGCUUUUGUUUGUUUUUUUGUCUGUAAUGGGUGUUAAUGGACUCUCUACUUGCUGUUCAAUGGACACUCUGUACUGUGUGCUACAUGGGCUCUCUGUGCCGAGUGCUACAUGGGCUCUCUGUGCCGAGUGCUACAUGGGCUCUCUGUGCCGAGUGCUACAUGGGCUCUCUGUGCCGAGUGCUACAUGGGCUCUCUGUGCUGAGUGCUACAUGAGCUCUCUGUACUGAGUGCUACAUGAGCUCUCUGUACUGAGUGCUACAUGGGCUCUCUGUCCUGGGUGUUCACUUGAUGUUACAUACACUCUACAGAGCUUACACCAACACUCUGCAUAAUUUAGGAUAUUUCUGGGCCUCAGCAAACUCUUGCUUAUUUCCCUUUGGCCUUCUAGAAUUGAUAUGCAAAUGUAUGCUUAUAUGAACGUAGGGCUCAGUUAUUUCUAUAAAUAUACUUUGAUAGUUGGAGAUUUAAAAAAAAACAAAAAACAUUUAUUAAAUAAAAAAUAAUCAUUAGAAUUAAAACCUUCAAUCAAAUGGAGAUCAUAUCUACCAUCUAGUGUUAAACUUAAAUUAAAUAUGUAGGUCAGGUUAAACUUAAAUUAAAUAUGUAGGUCAGUUAUGUCAUUCGCUCUUAUUAUUUGGUCUAUUCCUAGAGACUUAAUUAGACUGUUAUUAGUUGCUGUUGUAUCUAUUGCUAUAAAUUCAGAGUUGAAACGCUAAUCUCAUAAUGUAGAUGGAGAGAUACAUGGUUCAAAAAAAAAAAGGGGAGGGCUAACUUGUCUGGAGUACUAUUACUUGUACAUCAUGAGAUUAGCAGCAGAGUGAAUGCCCUUUAAACAAGCUCAUGUUGGCCCAGAAUGGGCAUGUUUAUAAGGCUGGCACCUCUCUGGCUUGUAUAUAUUGGGCAUGAACGCAACAUACAGAGCUGUUCACAGUAGAAUUAAACAUCUAUAUACAAUGUGCAUUUUAUUGAUAACAUAGUAGACUUUAAACCUUCAACCAAAAACCAGCCUACACAAUGUGGGCUCAUCCAUCUUAAAGCCUCUGGAAUGUUUUUAAAUUGAUAACAAUUUAUGUAGAUUUUAUGCAAUUUUUUUUUUUAAAGUAUAGGUCUGUUUAAUUUGUAAACAAUUGUCUUUAUUUAGGGGAUAGACUUGUACAAAAAACUAUGUGUAUGUAUUGUGUUUACUUCUAGUUGAUACUGUCAUCAACACCUGGCACUGUCAUGUCAACAUGGUCAGGAAACUAGAUGACAUUUUUUAAAUAUUGUUUUGUCAUUUAUCUUAAAGAAAAAAAAAGUUUAAAAAAAAUGUAAUAAACUGGAAGAAGAUGUCAAUGUGUUGUUCAUCUGUUGCUUUGUUUGUGUCCGCAUGCCACACACAGUAGGGCAUCCUCACAUCAGACAUACAUGCUAGUCAGCAGGUUAUAGCAGUGGUACCACAAUGUUGUGUGCUAGAAACCUAAUCUUCAAGCUUCAAAGUCAAGUAUACAUUGCUGUUUGAAAUUCUGUGGAAUUGAACUAUUGAAUAGGAAGAUACUGAACUAAGCUUAAGGGGUUCUCAACUUUUGUGCUUUAGACUCCUAUGAGUUUCUUCAUGCUCCCACCAAGCUUUGAAAUGUGUGGUACAAUGUUGCUGAGCAUAGGGUUCACAGAACUUUCAACAACACUGUUUUCCCAUUGCAUUUAAAGCUUUGUAUCUGCACUAGUACAGUCCCUCAGCUGCACAGCUUGUUUGGUGUUUCAACUCUUGCACAUUUCAUAAAACCUUAACUCCAAGCAUCACAUUUGCCACAAUACAACAAUAUAUUUUUUUUAUUCAAAUUCCCAUCACGCUCUCAACAUGCUUUAUCUGCCCUUAUAAAAAUGAAAUGAAUUGCCUCCCUUUUUAGUGCUCUCAUGUAAUCCAGCUUUGCUUUCUCACUAUGCUGCUUGACUAGUUUCCAAGUGCUUUUAUUAUUCCUAGUUAUUUCUAUAUCUGCAGUUGAAACAAAUUUUGUCAUAAUCAGGCAAGUUUUUUUUUUUUUGUUUAUUUUUGUAAACAAUCUAAUAAAUCUUUUUCAAACUGGUGCUGAGACUUAAUGGACAGAUCCAUUAGUCAAUUAUUUUUUGUAAGGUUUUCAUUUGUUAUAUUUCAACAAUUUUUGUUUAAUCAUACCUUCCCAAAAAGUUAAAAAAAAAAAAAAAAAAAAGCAUAUUAAUAACUAUUCAUAUUAUCAUUGAUCUCAAGAGCUAGAAUGUUUAUUUUAUUCAAAUGAAGUAGACUCAAAAAAGUAUUUAAUCACCCCACAACAUCAUCUCUUUUGAGUUUCUUCUAUUCAUGACAGGGGAUAUAUAUGAAGCAAUCCCAUGGAACUUCAGUUUUAACACACACACACACACAUGUAAGAUGGACGAUGUGUGUGUUUGUGUGUUGUUCAUGACAAUGUUAUCUCAUGUGUGUCCAUUGUUAAUCCACACCCCUGGAAUCUUUCAAUUAAGUAUUGUUGAUGAGAACUAUACAAAGUCUUAGGAGAUAGACUUCAAACACUUUGUUUUAACUAUACACACACACACACACUGACACCUUUUUUACAACAGCAGACUUUAUAAUGUUUAUGAUGAUUUUUGUAAGAAUCAAGGAAACAUCUGACGGGAAAGGGGACCAGUUAUUUUUAGUUGUUCGUUUUACCCAGUUCUCUUUAUUAUAAAAAAAUGCAGUUGUUUGACGAACAUGUUCAAAAAGUAUUGUGUUCUUUUUUUUAUCAAAAGAAAUAUUAGGGGCUAAAAAAAAAUUUUUUUUAAUUGAUAAUUAACUUUUAAGUGUAGUCCAGAAACUGAGACAAAAAAUUCAACUUCUGUUGUGAAUGAGUGUACCAUGUGACAUACAUUUCUUUUCUUUUUCAUUCAUCACAUCUUUAUUUUUAUUCUUUUUUUUUAAUUUUUUUUUUCUGUGUAAUAAACAUUUGUUAUCAAUUUGUA